CAUAAAUAGACCUCUAUUUAUUAAAUUUAUUGUUACUGUUUUUUUUUCUUUCUUUCUUUCUUUCUUCUUUUUCUUCUUUUUUUUUUUCUCUAAACUAAAUUUAUUGUUAAUGUUAUGGACUCCCGUCAAAUUGAUUCUGGCUCAAGGCGACAAGGAUCUCGACAAUACUCUUUCAUUAAUGAAGGAAGAGGAUCUGGUGAAUAUAUUUUCAUUCAUGAAGGCAAUUCUCAACCAUCUUCAAAUGCAGCUCGCCCACAACAAUACACGUUCGUUAAUGAAAGGAGCACUUGGAAUGUACAUCAAUCUCUUCCCGGUAUACUCAAUCACGAUGAAAACAGUACUGGGUCAUCUUCAACCGACAUUCUUUUCCACCCACUUGAUAAUAGAUUGGUUCACGAAGAAUACAGUUCUGGUGCCUUACGAACCAAUAGACCUAUUCAACAGUUGCUAAUGGUUUGUCAUUCAGAUGAAAACUGGCAAGUGGUUGUUGAUGAUUACAAUAAAGCCAUCAAAAAGGGACCAACGGACUCGUGCACGUGCUGUGAUGGACUUUUCUUCCCAGAUACAAUGAAGGCUAUGACAAAAACAACUCUGAUGGCCAAGAAUAUGGAUGCUGACUAUAUCAACAAGGUUUUCAAUGAUAGUAGUGAAGAAGUAGGCAAGUUCUGUGCUACCUGUCACCAUGAUAUAACGAAGAAAAAGGUGCCCAAUUUGUGUUUGUCAAAUGGAUUGAAGUUUAUGGAUGUCCCAACGCAGAUUGGCCAACUUACAAGGCUGGAAGAACGACUGGUAGCAGCUCGCCAUGUUUUCUUUUAACUCUCUACCUAUUCGAUAUUUGUGCCCUUAUCAAUGAAUAAGACACCUGGCGACCGAAUGUCAUUUUUUGGCUAUGAAGAACUCAAGGAUUA